UUUCCGGUCAACUGUACUUUGUUUUCGAGUACUAGUAGACCUGUCUUUACACUGCCUGCAUAGAGAACAAACUGGACAGAUGUUCAGCUAUAAAUUGUUUGUUUAGACGGGAUAUGACAGGAGCAGCUCUGUCCUCACGUUCAAGUCAUAUAAACGCUGUAUUGAAAAAAAAAAAGUAUUAUUUUUUUUGGAUUUAUUGUUUAACACUUUAUUGUGAACUCAGAAGAACACUCAUCUACUGCUCGUGUUUGUUUAAAUAUGAACCUGGACUAAUAACAAGAUACCUCUACCUCGUGUCUGUCUUUUAAAAGACACGUGCUUAUCCGAGUGUAAGCAAUCUGUUGUCCCCGUGUGAGCACAAAUGGAUCUGUAAGGAGCCGAAAGAUGUCAUUCUCACUACACCUGUACUGCCGCCUCCUGGACGGACGCGACUCCUUUGCAGCGACUGUACUAUAAGUGAACGGACAGCUUAUGAGCCCCACAAAGCGAGAGAACCACACACAAGGAGCGGGAUGGCGAGGAUAUUAGUGCUGCACCUUCGCGUCCUUCUCGUGGGUCUGUUAUUAACAGGCUCCUUGACUGUCCAGGCAAACAGAGGGGCGACAUCGCCUGACGAGGAAAGGGACAGGGAGAGCGACACGGAGACGCCAUGUGAGGUGAAAACCGUCACCGUUUCAACCCUGCCCGUACUCCGGGAGAACGAAUUCAGCUUCACCGGCGGAGCCUCGGGGAACGUGGUCGGAGGAGGGGGUGCUGCUGAAGCAGGUGGUGUUGGUGGAGGAGGAACUGGAGGAGGAACUGGAGGAGGAGGAGCAGGAGGAGGGGGGGAAUCCAGACUUCUAUUAUUCGUUAGAACAGACCUACCUGGGCGAAUUUCCGUAAUGGAUGAUCUUGACAACACGGCUCUUCCCUACUUCACACUCGAGAUGUCCGGCACUGGGGAAGAAAUUUCUCAAGUACACUGGAAGCAGCAGUGGUUGGAAAAUGGGACACUGUACUUUCAUGUGUCCAUGACUGAGUCUGAGCUUUUAGCACAGACCACACAACCUACUGCCCGGGAACCUGCCCACGUGCUGCAUGAACACAUGCAUCUGCUACACAUCUCAGUUAUGGGAGGCCUCAUAGCACUCCUCCUCCUAAUCCUCCUUUUCACCCUUGUGCUGUAUACCCGCCAUCGAUGGUGCAAGCGUCGCCGUAUCCCCCAAAAGAGUGCAAGUACCGAGGCCACACAUGAGAUCCACUACAUUCCCUCCGUUCUGCUCGGACCGCAGGGCCGUGACAGUUACCGGGGUUCUCGAAGCACACACCAGCAUGGCAGCUCUGUCAUUGGAAUGCCUAUUCGUGAGACUCCAAUUCUUGACGAUUACGACUGUGAUGACGAGGUGGACGCAGGUGGGCACUCACUUAACUCCACACCCAACCAGAUCCACAACAAGCUUAGUGAUGGGAAGGUCCUAGAUGACUAUGGAGUUGGCAUCCAAGGACAUCCAGAUAUGAUGUGCAAAGAAGACGAUAUUAAGCAUAAUUUUGACAAACGAGCCAUUGACCCAAACACCGAGUCAGUCGAGGAUUUGAUGCAGAGAUUCCAGGACAGUUUCCGUGUUCCCAACACGCCAACAGACAUGUCUCACUACCAGCAUGUCAUGCACAGCUCAUCAACAGGCCGCCGGAGGGUCCCGAGCCACACCAGAGCAGCUGGAGGUGUGUUUGGUCCUCAAGGGGAAUCGGGAUCAGAGCCUGAAGAUGACAACCAAAUGAAGUUUUAUACAGAACAGCACAGAGGACGAAGGCGCAGCAAAGGCCAUCCACACAGUCCUCUAAAUAAGGUCACCUUGACACUGAUUACUAUCAGCACAUGUGUCAUUGCCAUUGUCUAUGCUACGCAGGAUUCCUGCCCCCUCACUGUUAAGGUCACCCUCCAUGUGCCAGAGCAUUUUGUUGCGGAUGGAAGUAGUUUUGUGGUGAGCAUGGGCAGUUUCUUGGAUGUUUCUAAUUGGUUAAAUCCAGCCAAGCUAACUCUCUACUAUCAGACCAAUUCAUCCACACAAUGGGUCCAGGAUUACUGCGGCCAGAGGACCACUGAACCCUGUGAGCAGAUUUGUGAUCAGGACACAGGAGAAUGUAGCUGUCAUGAGGGUUAUUCCCCGGAUCCCGUUCAUAAGCAUCUCUGUGUGCGCAGCGACUGGAGUCGCAACGAAGGUCCAUGGCCAUAUGCUAACUUGGAGAAAGGGUAUGACCUAGUUACAGGAGAGCAGGCCCCGGAGAGAAUCUUCAGAUCAUUCUACAGCCUGGGCCAAGGGCUGUGGCUGCCAGUCAGCAAAAGCUUUGUUGUGCCACCGGUGGAACUGUCAAUCAACCCCAUUGCCAGCUGUAAGACAGACGUGUUGGUUACGGAAGAUCCAGGGGAGAUCAGGGAAGAGGCCAUGAUGUCCACAUACUUUGAAAAUGUAGAGGACCUACUGGCAUCUUUUGGACCUGCCCGUGACUGCUCUAAAGAUAAUGGUGGCUGCAAAAAGAAUUUCAAGUGUGUGUCUGAUCGACAGUUAGACUCAUCUGGCUGCAUGUGUCCUGAGGGGCUGAGGCCAAUGAAGGAUGGCUCAGGUUGCUAUGACUACUCCAGGGGCAUUGACUGUACGGAUGGCUUCAAUGGAGGUUGUGAACAGUUGUGUCUCCAGCAGCUUGUGCCCCUUGAAGAUGACCCAAGUUCCAGCAACGUACUCAUGUUUUGCGGAUGCGUGCAAGAGUACAAGCUGGCAGGCGAUGGGCGCUCCUGUCUCCUGCAGUCAGACAACUGUGAUGGACCAAAAUGCCCUAAGCAGGAUGUCUACUUCAAUGACACCCUGUUUGGUGAGAUGCUGCAUGGAUACAACAACAAAACCCAGCAAGUCAACUUGGGACAGAUAUUCCAAAUGACCUUCCGGGACAACAAUUUUAUUAAGGACUUUCCUCAGCUUGCUGAUGGUCUCAUGGUUAUUCCUUUACCGGUAGAGGAGCAGUGUCGAGGAGUCUUGUCAGAGCCCCUGCCCAACUUGCAGCUACUCACAGGGGAUGCCCAGUUCAGCGAGGCUGUUGGAUACCCUAUGGUUCAGCAGUGGAGAGUGCGCAGCAAUCUGUACAAAGUCAAACUCAGCUCUAUUACCCUGGCUACAGGCUUUUCUAAGGUGCUGAAGACACUGUCAACAGAGAGCACACGUGACGAGCUGCUGGCUUUUCUUCAGCAGUAUGGCAGCCAUUAUGUGUCUGAAGCCCUGUAUGGCUCUGAGCUCAGCUGCAGCAUUUACUUCCCCAGCAAGAAGGCCCAGCAGCAGCUCUGGCUGCAGUACCAGAAAGAGGCAACAGAGCAGGGUAUUGGUGGAGGUGGGCGUCGUGAGCUGAAGUCACUUCCCUUCAUCAGCUACCUGUCGGCGCUGCAGAAGAGCCAGCUUUUAUCUGAUGACAUGGUGAAUGGCGUGGAGAUCCGCUGCGAAGAAAAGGGCAGCUGUCCAGCUGGCUGCCACCUAUGCCAUCACCAGGCCAUGAUGGGCGGAGUAUCGGGAAGAGGCCGCAGUGGUAACGGCAGGACUGGUGAACAGCCUUCCCCCAUCCCUGUUCUGCUGGAAGUCAGCCGCGUCGUGCCCCUUUACAGCUUGGUCCAAGACAACAUCACCAAAGAGGCCUUAAAGAGCGCCACAAUGAGCUCAUAUUGGUGUGCUGGAAAGGGCGAUGUCAUCGAUAACUGGUGUCGCUGUGACCUGAGUGCCUUCAGCAAAGAUGGCCUGCCUAACUGCAGUCCCCUCAGGCAGCCGAUUUUGCGCCUAUCCCCUUACCUGGAGCCCUCAAGCACAAUGGUCGCCCUGGAGUGGAUGGAUGUGGAGCCUCUGAUUGGCUGCAAAGUUUCUGACUACAUCAUCCAGCACAAACGAGUGGAGGAUCCCUCAGAGGCAGAGAUCUACACAGGUGAGGUUCUGAGCUUGAUGGAUGAUCUGUUUUCUGGUUUGGGUUCAUCCUGUGUUGUUGCUGGGAGGAGGAGUGGAGACCAUCCCCACUCUGUGCUAUAUUCAGUGGUCUUCAAGUGCCUGGAACCUGACAGCCUCUACAAGUUUACUCUCUAUGCAGUGGAUAGCCGAGGUAGUUACUCUGAAUCAAGCUUCGUCUCAGUACGGACAUCUUGUCCAGUGGUGGAUGACACGCGAGCAGAAGAAACUGCAGACAAGGUGUACAACUUGUAUAAUGGCUACACCAGCGGCAAAGAGCAGCAGAUGGCCUACAAUUUGCUGAUGGAGAUUCCUCCUCCACUGCUAUACAGAGUCCAGCAUCACUACAAUUCUCAUUAUGAAAAAUUUGGAGACUUUGUCUGGCGUAGCGAGGAUGAGCUAGGCCCCAGAAAAGCCAACCUGAUAUUACGUAGGGUGGAGAAGAUUAGCCUCUAUUGCCGGUCCCUCCUGCGCAGCACCCACAUCCAGAGCCGCACCGACACCAUGGCAUAUGUCUACUGCCGGAGUGAAGAGGCACGACCUCCCACCAAUAUGUGGCAUGGCUCUUUACAUGACAGUCGCACUGCCUGCAUGGAAAAGCUCAUUUCUGUACAGCGUAACACAUACAGCAGCACCAAACUCCGAUGAGACAGGAGUUACGAAAUGAGCAGUUCGUCUUUUGUUUUUUUCUUUUUUUUGCAAAAUUACAUCACUGAUUGAUGUAGCUCUUCAGUACGCUCUGCAGCAGGUGCCUCUCACUCGACUGUUGCAUUUUGCAAACCAGAUGAGGCUAAAAGAAAAAAAAAAACUCUCACAGGACUUCAUUCACUGGACAUUGUGUUAAAGCUACCGAAAAAAAUAUUUUUGUGUGGCCUACUUUUAUUAUGAGAAAGAAGAUUAUCCCAGAAAAAAAAAUCCCAAGAACUGACAUAUUUCUCCAGUGAUGCCAGUGAUUGCACAUAUCAAUGAGAGACUGCAGAGUGAACAUGUAAAAUAUUAUUCAGACAAAAGAAAACUGGUUGGCUUAAAUACUUUGAAUGUAAAAUCAUAGUUCCUUUUUGGUGCUUUGAAGCUUUCCUGGUACACUUAAAAGAAAGAGAGGAAAAAAAGGAAAUAUCCAUAGUAUAACUUAUUUGCCUUUACUACCUUCAUUCAGAGGACUGAACUGUGUUAAAGCCAAAAUCACUUGCUUGUUUUUAAGUUCACAUUAAUUAAGAAGAAUAACUACACUUUGCUUCAGGAAUUUAAAAUCGGUAAGUGAGACAGCGUGUAGUUUGACUUACAUGACCUUCGAUUGAUUCACUUGAAACAGCAAGGACUUGUGGUAACAGGAUUGAUAUUUGCCUAGUGAAAUUAUUAUGCAAGACGGAGUAGGUGGCAUUCAAACAUUAUAUCCAGACUUUUGAGUUAGCUUUAAUUUUAUUGCUGAAAUGAAUGAAUCAUUUUCUUGUAUGACUUUCUCGAACUGCAGUACCUAUAGCCAUGUUAUAUUACUUAAGUAAUAUAAGAGUAUUAGUAUUAGUAUAAAGAAUUCUGAUACUGGGGUGGUGGAUGAAAUCGAAUCUUAUAUCUAGACUUUUGCAAGUUCAUGUAAUGUGUUUGUAAUCUAAUGAUAAGUUAUUGCUUGUGACUGAAACACAACUUGUCAUUGUAGCAUAAGUCCUGCAAAUUGGAAAUAUAUGAGACGCAUAUAAGAGAAGCAGUAACAGACCUAAGAUUAUAUUCACCAUGUGGUGAGAAUCAGAUCUAAAGCUAAAACUGAAUAUGUUGACUGGUUUUCAAAAGUUCUGCGACACAGCAGAAUUUAUAAAUUUUUCAUAUUUUUGUUUUUGCAGAUAAAUAUAGCAAGCGUGAUAAUAAAGCAGUAAAUCUGACCAACAUUUUCCCAACAGUAGAAAACAGGACAAUUACUGCUGACCCACAUGUAAACAUGAGGUACUGUACACUGAAAUGUGAAGAAUCAGUGAUUGUAGGAAUCACAUGUGGUCUGUUUAAUCUUCUUGUUUUUCAGUCCAAUAACAUAUCUUCAAA